AUGAAGAUCGCCGUGCUGGGGGCCACCGGGCAGACCGGACAGUUCCUGGUCAACCAGGCGCUGCAGCAGGGCCACACGGUCACCGCCAUCGUCAGGAACCCGGCCAAGCUCGCCGUGCACCACGACAACCUGAAGGUGGUGACUGCUGAUAUUUUCACAUCGGAGAGUCUGACGAGCCAUUUCAGAGGACACGAUGUGAUCAUGUCCUGCCUCGGCUUUCCUGCCACCUUCAUCUCCCAGGUGACGGGCUACACCACGUCCAUGGGGGCUGUCGUCAAAGCCAUGCGGGAGGCGCGGGUCAACAGGAUCAUCACCAUGACCUCCUGGUACACGGAGCCCAACUCUGGAGGUCAGUCCCCCUUCCUGAUCCGCUUCCUUCUGCUGCCAAUGAUUCGAAGCGUCCUCACCAACAUGUACGAGAUGGAAAAGUUUCUGCAGAAGACGGACGACAUUAACUGGACUGUGGUCCGCCCUCCUGGCCUGAAGAACCAGCCGGCCUCAGCUCAAGAAUUUCUGACCCAUGAAGGAUACUUUGUGCCCAACAUCAGUGGCAAGCCGGUGGGAAGAGGAGACGUGGCUCGCUUCAUGCUGUCCCUGCUGAACAGCAACGCCUGGGUCAAGCAGGGAGUCGCCAUCACCACCAAAUGAGACGGAGGGAGCCUGUGCCGCCUCGUCCAACAAAAAGCUCAGUUUACUCCCCAGCUUCGGCUCGCCUCUAACCAUGAAGAUAUCAAGCUUUAAAACCUGAGGUACAGCAGUUACAGCACAACUAAUUAAAGCUGCAGUCAUCCCAGUUUUACCCCAGAUGAAACGACUCGGCACUGUGAGCUCCUGAAAAGAGAAGUCACUUUGACUCUGUUGUAGCCUGGAUAAAUGAAGACGGACCAUCUUCAUGGUGAGAUGCUACUUGAGCUGGAGAACCAGUGUUUUUAUUGAGUUGUGGUAUGAAAUGCCAAUGUCAUAACUUUAUUUCCAAUUGUUUAACACUUUCUUGUCCACAGUGCCCUGCACUAUGAGCAUGUUGUUGUAAUGCACUGAAUUACCACGUGGAGGCAGUCUGUGUUAAAGUAAAGAUACCUUGACAAACCAGCAACUAUGUCUCAGAUACUGGAGGAUGAAUAAAAAUCUUAAAUCU